GGAAUGUUUCAUGAUCAUUUUCCUACAUCAAAGAACGUCUGGUUUCAAAUUUUCCCGUAAGGUUUUUUUAGCUACUUCAUGGUAUGGAGAGGCCCCAUUCCAAAGAGGCAACCGCUCUCCCCGCUAUCGUUAACAGUAGCAACUCGGACGAGAGAAAGGACGGGAGAUUCGACCGAAUGGAGAACCUCGAAGAUCGGUUGGCAAUCCAGGAGAAAACUACAAGAUCCCUUGUUGACAGGGCACUUACUGUAAAAGAAGACAUUAUUGAAAGCCUAAGCAUCGCCCAGAUGAGUUGGCAAGGCGAGAAGAAAGCAAGGUCCUUGCUACAGGAACACAUACGAACGAUAACAACUGUUGUGAAAAGAUUGAGCAGGGAGAUUGAAAACUUGGAGAGCGAGAUUCGGUCCAGAAAAAGUCAAGUGGAAGGACACAGCACAGCUGUGAAAAAUUUAGAACUUCAUCAUGUUGCUGGAGUUACGGAUUUGAGAGGCCGUGUUGCAAGGUGUGAUUCAGCUAUUCAGAGGCUCAUGUCAGAUAUGAGAAGCAACAACGAAGUCAUAAACGAUUUUAGACAAAAGCAAGAACUUGCAAUGAAAGAUUGCCGUGAUCAAAUGAGCUCUCUAGAGAAGAGCAUUUCUGAUUUGACAUUGAAAGUGGAGAAAUAUGUACUCGAUCAGUCGACCAGUAUCCAAAAAGUAAAAGGAGAAGCAGACCAGCGUGUUGUACAGCUCGAUUCUAAAACUAAAACUGUUGUUGAGGAUAUUCGAGGCAGUAUUUCCUCAAACCGUUUGUGGGCAGAGUCAGAAUAUUUUAAAUUAACUCAGGAUUUUCAAACUAGGCUAGAGAGGUUUGAAGGCCUCAUGGUGGAAAGACAGGACAAAUUGGAAAGAAGAGUAGACCAUUAUCUGGCCAAGGUAGAUAAAAUUUUGGAGGAGGAGAAAAGCAAGUAUUAUAACAUCUGGGAGGUGAGACUGAAGGAAGUGAAGUCGGAACAGGACAGGAUUAUGCAUAAUUUAAUAGCAGAGAUGAGAAAUGAAUACAGACAAGGAUUUAACAAUGUGCAUGAAAGUAUUUCCAGUCUACAGCGAGUGAUCCAUGCAAAACUGAAAUUACUUGAAGAUGACUUGCGUAAAGCUAUAAAUAAUGUUCUUAGAAUGGUUGUACUUGUAUGACCAGUUACUGAAGAAUGGUAGUGAUGGUAAAUAUGCACCUGUCACAAUUCAUGUACCGCUAUAAAUGAUCUAAUAGAUGCCCAGGGCAUCUAGUUCAUUUUUUGGAGCCCAAGAAGAGGCAUUUAUUCUCAUAACUUUAACAAACACUACAACGAAUUUGUUGAUUAUAUCACCACAGUAUACAAGGCACUUUCCAGCAUUCAGAACUGGACUGCCACACCAGUCCAGUCAUAAUAGAAUUCCACUAUUGAUCAAGACUUUCCAGCCAGAUCAAUCUAUUCUGUAGGAGUAUUUUACAGUAGUGGUGUACUAGCAAAUACUCUUGACAAGUAAGCCUAUUUUGUUUUAAAAAGAUCUAUCCUGUCGGCCAGUUCGGACAUUUGUUAAGUGUCCUUAGUUUCAAUAUUCAUCUGUGUUCCAUGCUGUGCUUUGUUUUCUCCUUCCAGUAUGUUUCAAUAUUAUAGCAGUGUAAUUGAAGAGAGGGAAAAUUUAUCUUUUUCCAUAUUUCCCAAAAUAAGCUUCCCCACACAAAGGAAGCAGCUGGGCAGUGUGAAAUUGGGUUUUCUGAACAUGGAAGCAGGGUUAAACACCCAAAACAUCUGU